AUGCAUUUUAGUUGGUCUCCCCUUUUUGUUUUCUUUGUUAAUGUUCCCACAAGAGUUAUUAACAGGCCUUCUUUCUUCCUCCUAAUGGGCCUCCAUACUCUAUUCAUUUUGUUUAACACCCGCCAGUUUCUCUCCUAUAAUCUUUCAUUACUUCUCCCCUCUUUAAACCGCUAUCAUUUCUUAGUUGAUCUCUAUCUCUUCUCUUUACUAUGUUUAAGUUCUUCCUACUUUCAAAUCUACAACCGAUUCCUUAAUUCUCUUUCCUGUCUGAUUGUUUUUUUUUCUUUUCUUUUCUCCCCUUUAUAUUCUCCUCCUCUUUCUCACCAUUUCUCUCCCCAUCUCUCUCUUUUUUCUUUCUUUUCUUUCUAUCUAUCAAUUUCUCUUUCUUUAUACCUUUCUUUCUCUUCCUCUCUUUAUUUCUCUCCUCUUCUCACUGCCUUUCUCUCUCUUUUCUUCCUUCUGUCUUUCUUUUUAUCCCUUUCACCUUCUUGCUUUCACAUUUACUCCUCCUUUAAUAUUUACUUUUUCUCUGAUUUCUUAAUUUUAUAUUCUCCUUCUCUUUCUCUCUUUCACAUUCAAUCUCUUUCUCUCUCCCUCCCUUUGCUUAUCUCCUUCUUUUCCUUCUUUUCUUUCUCUCCAUCUCUCACUUUUUCUUUCUUUAUACCCUUCCUUUUUUUUCUCUUUUCCUCUAGCUGUCUGUCUCUUUCUUUCUUUUUCACUUUUCUCCCUUUAAUAUUUACUCUCUCUCUCUCUUCAUUAUCUAGCUCAGAUUGCUUAAUUUUAUAUUCUCCCUUCCUCCCUCUUUUUCCUUCUUUUCUUUCUCUCCACCUCUCACUUUUUCUCUUUCUUUAUUCCUCUCUUUUUCUUUGUCUUUUCUUCUCCCUGUCUUUCUUUCUUUCUUUCUUUCUUUUUUUUCAUCUUCUUACUUUCACUUCUCCUCCCACUUUAAUAUUUAUUUUCUCUCUCUCCUCAUUCUCUCUCAAAUAA